UGAAGACAGGAAGCUUAAGGUCGAGGGAGUGGUGAAGCGUGAAAUUAUGUUCUUCCCAGUUGAUGUCUUAUUGGGGAAGCGUGAUAACUUUCAGAAAGAGUAGACAGACAUCAACAGCGUUAAAUGUGUUUACCGAAGGCUGGAGCAAAACUUUGAGAUAUUCUACGAGACAAUUUUUUCAGUGUCAGAAUUGAUUAAGAGAAUGCUAUAAAAAUCCCAAAACUACAGUAUUUUGUCUUGUGUCUUGAAAGACUGGUCUUCUGAAUAUCGUAAAAGGAAAUUAUUCUGUUUGGCGGAAUUUCUGGUUAGGAAAGAAACUGAAAAAUUGUGAAUCGUGAAACGGGAAGUUCAAGUUAUGACAUCAUCAGAAUUUUUACACGUGCUACCUGGACAGCACGUGUAUGACGACGUCUUGUUCUUUGGUUACAGCCCUCCUGAUGUACUGGACGCGGUCAAGGAAUUCACUGUUAGGAACGAUGACGUAUUCAUUGUGACGUACCCCAAAGCAGGAACAACAUGGAUGCAAGAGAUUCUCUGGCUAAUCAUGAACGCGGGAGAUUUUGAGGGCGCCCACAAAAAGCCAGUCUACUUCCGGUCACCUUUCUUGGAGUUCAAGGACGACAUUUUGAACGAGGUCGGCCUUGAACUUGCUGAACCCCUGCCAUCGCCACGUGUGAUGAAGACACACCUCCAACCCUCUAUGCUACCACGGACCAUUGCACAGACUGACUGCAAGAUAGUACUUGUGUUCCGGAAUCCUAAGGAUUUGUGCGUGUCUUACUACCAUUUCUACAAGUCAAGUUCGUCCGUCGGCAACUUUAAAGGCACAUGGUCGGAAUUUCUGGAGAUGUUUAAAGCUGGCCACGUGGACCAUGGUUCCUGGUUUGACUUCACUCGGCUUUGGUGGGAGCAGAGAGAUAGCCCAAACGUCAAACUGGUCUUCUACGAGGAUAUGAAACAGAACCUACCGGAAGCAGUAAAGGGUCUGUGCGAGUUCCUGGAUAGGCCACUAGACGAUUCCACGGUACAGAGGAUCGCGAAACACUGCGAGUUCAGCAGUAUGAAGAAGAAUCCAAUGACUAAUCACCUGGAUGUGUACUCCAUAGACAGCAAGAUAUCUCCUCUUCUCAGGAAAGGAGAGGUCGGAGACUGGAUGAACUACUUCACGGUCGCACAGGACAAGGAGUUCGAGUCUUUCUACAACGAGAAACUCGGGGCAUUGGAGAUACCGUUUAAAUACCAACUGUGAAUGUGCAAUGGCAGACUGCGUUAGACAUUCUUCCCAAUGUGAACCGUUAACUGGUGGUGUCGCCUCGCUUCGUAUACGACAAACUAGACUGGUGGCCAGUCCUUCGUUUUUGAGAAGAAUUUUCCAGCUACAUUUCCUACUAGCUUAUCUCCCCUGGUUUGAAACUUAUACUGGUACCAGUGACCAAAACUUUUCUGAUUAAUUCAAUUUCACUAGACGGUGGUCAGUCUAGCCUCAAACCUACCAUAAACAAGUUUUCCAAAUUGGAUUCCAUUUGAUCUACUAUUUUCAAAUUUGUGUUAUCUUGCUGAUCUUAGGUGAAUAAUUUCAUGUUUUGUUUGUCAUUUUCAAAAUAUCUGCUCAUAAUUCGACGCUGUUCUCGUAUUAAGGUCGAACCUAGUUAAAUCAGCUGCCGCUGCUCAGAUUGUACCACAA